AUGUCGUCGCAAAGGGCGACGCAGUUACUCGCCGAUCUGUCGUUAACGGAAGGCGACGGAGAUAGGGAACGUCCGCUUUCUCACGUCUAUAUUGACGCAUAUGAAAAGAUUUUGGAGGUGAGAGAUACUGAAUUUUCGACAGUGAAAAUGCAAUACGCUUACGUUUUUGUAAUUAUAUGAACGUGAAAAAAGCUUUCAUUUUAUCUGAAUUCUAAGAAAAAAGCGAUGCUGAGGACGGUAAGUUUCUGUAGUGAAUUAUUACGAGAAGUUAUUUUUCCAUGAUUAAUUUUUUCCCAGGAAGUGGUAUCAUGGGAAGAACACGAGCAGUUAGAUUUUAUCGAAAAGAUGGUGCAACGGCUAAACCAUUAUCAACUGGGCCGUGUAGACAAUUUCAUUCGUCCCAUGCUUCAAAGAGACUUCAUUGCCCAUUUGCCAAGUGAGUCGUUAUUAAAUAAUCAAGAUUGUUGCUUGGGCUAUGAAAAUUACGAUAUUAUAGACAAUCUCGCUGAGAUGAUCUUGUACAACUUGGACGCCGAUUCACUCAAGGCUUGUGAAGACGUCAGUUCUUUUUCUACUUAUUUUCGGAUGAAUUUCUUUGUUCAAUAUUAUAUUCUCAGGUUAGCACAAGCUGGAGAAAUUCGUUGGCGAUCGGGCAGUUGUGGAAGAAAUUAAUUGAAAAGAAUGUACGGACGGACAAUCUUUGGCGUGGGCUCAGCGAGAAGCGUCAAUGGUUUCUUUUUCCUUUUAACUUAAAAAGAAAACGCAAAUUUUACCCUGUCUGUAAAAAUUUUGCUAUCUGCUCCGACGUAUCAUUUGGAGCAAACUAUUAGUUUUGUUUUUAAUUUUCUUUUUUCUUGUAUCAGUUAGGGCGUUUAUUGAGGCUGUUAGAACUUACUUAUCCUGCGUCUUUUUUGCGAAGGAAUUUCAUCUGGAAUAUUUACAGGGACAAAUUCAUUUUGAUCAACCGCGAAUUGGCUGCGCAGAGGGUUUGUGAGAAGUAUAAUUACCGGUACGAUCAGCUGAAAGGAACGUUCCAGUCCAUUCUUUUGCAACACGUCUUUUACAGGUCUCCUUCCAUCAUAAGUUUCCAUCCUUUCAAUUUUUCAGGAAACUGUACCCAAAAGUUCUAAAUGACAUUGAGACGAUAGAAAACAACUGGAGAAAAGGAAAUUUUAAGCUAAAACGAAUUAGUUGCCGUUCCGAGAAUAGCAAAGGUGGGAGUUUAUUCUUUUUUUUUGAUUAAAAGGGUAUUCAGGAGUUUAUUGCUUGCAAUAUGACGAUGAAAAGAUUGUUUCUGGCCUACGGGACAACACUAUCAAGGUUCUCGAUUUUUUCUUUCUUUUCAGUUAAUUUCAGUUUUUUUUUCUCUCUUUUGAUCAUAAAAAUUCGAGAUAAUCCGUAGAAAAACGAUUUCACUGCUCUCUAGGAUGAGGAUUUCAGAUUUGGGACCGCAAGGACUACAGUUGUAGUCGAGUUCUUUCUGGCCAUACGGGUUCUGUUCUUUGUUUACAAUACGACAAUCGGGUCAUUAUUUCCGGUCAGUUUUUCAUGCUCAUUUCACUUGAUGAAAGCUAAUAACGAUGAAAAAAAUGAAAAAUAAUUCAAGAUUAAGAUUAAAUAUAUCUUUUUCUAUGUAUUUUUUUCGCAUAAAAAAAUUUGCUCUAUAUUAGUUUUUGCUUUCUAUAAAUGAUCCCAAAUAGGAGGAAAAUGUUUUUCGCAGAGAAAAUUUCACUUGUAAAAAACUAAUUUUGUGACGGUUCAAGAUCUUUCCAAUUUUUGAAUGAAAUUUUCAUUUUUCCUAAAAAUUUCGUUCAUUCUUCUAAACCAUCAACGUUGAUCAAAGCAAGAAAUGGACAAGGUAGAGACAGAAUAGGUUUUCCGGGUACACUCUUUAAAAACGUUGUUAUAACGAAUACGAGCAGGAAGUUAAAGAAUUGUUAGGGUCUUCCGAUGCGACGGUUCGAGUAUGGGAUGUCCACACAGGAGAAUGUCUCAAAACGCUGAUCCAUCAUUGCGAGGCCGUCCUCCAUCUGAGGUUCAGCGACGGCAUGAUGGUCACCUGGUCAGUCCUUUUUUUCGUACUUACACACUUGGUUGCCCAUUAAUAAUUUUGAAGCUUGAUUAUCGUCACACCAAGAUGGGAUAUUAUAUUUUUGUUAUUCGUUUCUAGAUGUAUCUCGAAAAGAAGCCGCCAAGAAGACAAGUUCAAAAUUGAAUUACUCUCAUUUUCAGCUCCAAAGAUCGAUCGAUUGCCGUUUGGGAUAUGGUUUCGCCACGAGAAAUCAGUAUUCGACGAGUUUUGGUCGGUCAUCGCGCCGCCGUCAACGUCGUCGAUUUUGACGACCGCUACAUCGUCAGCGCUUCUGGAGAUCGAACUAUCAAGGUUUUUUUUUGUGAUACUUUUCAGAAGCUGUGAAAUAUGUGCUUGAUGAAUUUGGAAUAAUUCAAUUUGAUACAAAUAAUUUUGAAAGAUUCGUGUGGUCACUUUAGAGUAGUUACUGUAUUUGUUUGCCGUAUUGUCAAAAAGGCCGAUUUCUUCUCAUUGAGUUUACUGAUAAAUAUCCCAAUGUCCAUUACAAUUCCAUCCCAUCCACAGAAGAUUUUACCGGAAAGCAAAAAUCGUUUUCACUCCAUUUCUUCGCAGAACCUGGCUUCUCGUGAUUCCAAUUAGCUUUUUUUUCCAAUAAACAGGAAACAAAUGUACUGUAAUUCUAGGUGUGGUCAGUCGAUUCCCUGGAGUUCGUACGGACGCUAGCGGGCCACCGACGCGGCAUCGCCUGUCUACAAUAUCGCGGCCGUCUCGUUGUUUCCGGAUCUAGUGACAACACCAUCAGGUCAGCCGACGUCUUCAAAGUCGUUCGAAUCGAAUCGAAACUUUUAGACUUUGGGACAUCCAUUCGGGCGUCUGUUUGAGGGUGCUUGAAGGCCACGAGGAACUUGUGCGGUGUAUAAGAUUCGAUGAAAAGCGCAUCGUUUCUGGCGCCUAUGAUGGGUAUUUUUUUUCUUAUGCCAGAAAUUUUUUUUCUGACAACAUACGGGGGCUAACAGGCUGUUUUUCACUUUCGGGCCCCCCUAUUCAUUCAGAUGGCUUUCUAAGCCGCGGAAAAUGAAUCCAUAUUAUUUAUCGAGCUUUUUAAAGUACAUUUAGUAGGAAAUUAGUUGCCUAUCUUUUUGCCUAGCUCCGAACGGUAGAUAAAAUCGCGGGGAAUCGUAGAAAUAGCCUUAUAAAAAAUUCCAGAGCUGACUAAUCGACCUAAAUCCUAGUUUAAAUGGUACUAAUGAAUGAAAAAUACAUGCUCACCAAAUUUUAAGCCGUUUGGAAAAUAUAAAAAAAUAAUCAACUUCUGACCCCAUAAGAAAAUGAUUUCUGGAAAUCUACAAUUUUUUGGCUCAAAAUCAUUAUCAACCUUGAGUUAACACUAAAUAAGGUAUAUGCUACAAGUUUCCAGGCUUCCGGACGUUUUUUGACCAAGUUACAGUGUUUCAAAGCGUUAUCCCUUGAGGGUUUGCGUACCCCGUACCCCUCAAAAACCGAAAAAUCGAUCUGUUUUCAAUGUUAUCCUACAUUAUGAAUUGGGUUUUUAUGAUCUGGCCAAGUUUCAAAGCCGUUUGGAUGAGUUUUUAAGAAAAAAACAAUUUUUUUGGGUCACCGGAAAUUGAUAUUUUGAAAUUUUUAAUUUUUUUGGCUCAAAAUCAUUAUCAACCUUGAGUUAACUCUAAAUGAGGUAUAUGCUACAAGUUUCUAGGCUUCCGGACGUUUUUUUGACCAAGUUACAGUGUUUCAAAGUUUCAUCACUUGACGGUUUGCGUUUUACUAUGAUUCAAAUAUGUUGUUAAACUUUUUUUAAAAAUUAUUUUUUUAAUUUAUUUAUUAUACUCCAGUUGAAACCGAGUAAAUUAUUUACCCUUUGUAAAAAAGCUGAAUAAUCAUUUCACAGCUUGAAAAAAAGAUAAAAUCGCUUUUUUUACAGCUCCUAUAAAUCAUUUCAUAGUGACCCAAAAAAUUAUUUUUCUUAAAACUCAUCCAAACGGCUUGAAACUUGGCCAGAUCAUGAAACCCAAUUCAUAGUGUAGGAUAACAUUGAAAAACAGAUCGAUUUUUCGGUUUUUGGGGGGGUACGGGGGGUACGCAAACCCUCAAGGGAUAACGCUUCGAAACACUGUAACUUGGUCAAAAAACGUCCGGAAGUCUGGAAACUUGUAGCAUAUACCUCAUUUAGAGUUAACUCAAGGUUGAUAAUGAUUUGGGGCCAAAAAAUUCAAAAUUUCAAAAUAUCAAUAUGCGAUGGCCCACAAUUAUUUUUCUUAAAACUCAUCCAAACGGCUUGAAACUUGGCCAGAUCAUAAAACCCAAUUCAUAGUGUAGGAUAACAUUGAAAACAGAUCGAUUUUCGGUUUUUGGGGGGGUACGGGGGGGUACGCAAACCCUCAAGGGAUAACGCUUCGAAACACUGUAACUUGGUCAAAAAACGUCCGGAAGUCUGGAAACUUGUAGCAUAUACCUCAUUUAGAGUUAACUCAAGGUUGAUAAUGAUUUGGGGCCAAAAAAUUCAAAAUUUCAAAAUAUCAAUAUGCGAUGGCCCAAAAAAUUAUUUUUCUUAAAACUCAUCCAAACGGCUUGAAACUUGGCCAGAUCAUAAAACCCAAUUCAUAAUGUAGGAUAACAUUGAAAACAGAUCGAUUUUCGGUUUUUGGGGGGUACGGGGGUACGCAAACCCUCAAGGGAUAACGCUUUGAAACACUGUAACUUGGUCAAAAAACGUCCGGAAGUCUGGAAACUUGUAGCAUAUACCUCAUUUAGAGUUAACUCAAGGUUGAUAAUGAUUUGGGGCCAAAAAAUUCAAAAUUUCAAAAUAUCAAUAUGCGAUGGCCCACAAUUAUUUUUCUUAAAACUCAUCCAAACGGCUUGAAACUUGGCCAGAUCAUAAAACCCAAUUCAUAGUGUAGGAUAACAUUGAAAACAGAUCGAUUUUCGGAUUUUGGGGGUCUACGCUAAAAGUUGAAAUGUUUGUGUUUUGGAGUGUUGACACCUAGCUGAAUAUACUUCCAAAAAGCCCGCGAAACAAGAUAAUAGUCUCAUUCGAUUCUCAUAUUAACUUUAAUAAUCAUUUCACAUUGAUAGUCAUCCGCGGGGGUACGUACUUUUUCGAGGGGAGUACGUACUUUUUUUCAAGGGGGUACGUGAUGACGUCACAAAAAGUAGUUGGUUAGCCCAUGUAUGCCUGACAAUCUAGAAUUUCAUGCAGAACCUGAUAAGAAUGAAAAGGAAAAUUUUUUUUUUGCGUUUUUUUCUGUUUUAGCUUUUUCUUUGAAGCAAGAUCGUCUUAUUUACUAAUUUCUUUUUUCUUUGUGUACUAGACAAUUCUUUCAAGGUUGUAGCAACGAUUUUGAAAGAUCAUGGAACUUUUUGGAAAAAAAAAAUGAAAAUGGGAGAGAAAUUUUUAAAAAACAGUUUUAUGAUUUUUUCUCAGUACAAAAAUAAUAGAUGAGGUUUGAAAGUAUGACGAAAAAUUUGGCGGUUUUGGUUCAAAUUCUUUCAUUUCAGAAAAAUCAAAGUGUGGGAUCUUCAAGCGGCAUUAGAUCCCCGAUCUAUGCCCAGCUCAAUCUGCCUCUCAUCUCUUGUCGUACGUUUUUUUGUUUGAUACUUUUCUGAUUUUUACCAAAUCUAUUAGGAUGUUCUGGAAUCCUACAAAAAACAUUUUGAAAUAGCUUUUUUUUUCCACGUUUCUCAUUUUUCUAUAAAUUAAAUACUAGUUAUCCAGUUCAUGACUGAAGUUUUUGUCUUAUGACUGAAGUUGAAUCAAAAAAAGAAGAGAGUAUUUUGCAGCAACACACGGGACGCGUGUUCAGACUGCAGUUCGACGAUUUCCAAAUCGUUUCCUCUUCCCACGACGACACAAUUCUCAUCUGGGACUUUUUGGAUGCGACUCCGGCUGACGCCGUCGCCAACGCGGCCCAACAACCUGGAGGUGCUGCUCAUCUGGCGCUCCACGGAGGCGUCAACGGCGCCGCUCAAAACGGCAACGUUGACCCUGUUGUCAUAGCUGCCGGCGACCAGGUAAGCGUUUGUAAGAAUCAAUUUUUCGUACAUGUUUGAUGAGUUCGAAAUUUGUCUUUUUUGCAGUCAGAAAACUUUCUUCUCUACUAAUUCAUUAUAAACCUCGGUUCGAGCGUUGAAAAAAGACGCAUUCAUAAUUAAUUUCAAAUUUUACACUCACUCUGAGCUUUGGGUGAAGUGCGACCGAAGUAAUCGAGCUUCGCUAGCAAAUCAUUUAAAAAAAAACUAGGAUUUUCUGGUUUACUAAGACUCUUUUAUACGAAAGUUGUUUUAUGGCUUUUGGUUCUUUUUUUGGGGCCAAAUAACUUUAUUAUUACUUUUAACCUUAUUCUUUUCCGCUCAUACCUCGGUAUGGCUUUUAACUUUUUGAAAAAGAAGCCUACCUUGUAGGCCGCACAAGCUGACGAUGACUCCUCAACAGACGAAGGCGCCGGUGGCGCUGCGCGGCCACGACGCGAAGACCGACGAAUCCUGCAAGCUCUGCGGCAACGGGCUCGCGAAGGAAACGCGAUCCGGAGUCGCAGCCCCAGUCCCGAACAUUAA